GUGGUUCUAUGCUGAUCUCAGCAGUCUGUACGUUCCUCCUGCUCCUCAGCUUCAGUCAGGGGGCAGUUAUAUUAUUUCAGUGCCUUUUCUACGCUACCAGCGUCGCGGCCUGGAACGGACUGGAGGUUAUCACAAUAGAAAUCUACCCUUCUGCUAAAAGAUGCACAGCGUUCGGAGUGCUGAACGGUACCUGUAAGCUGGCAGCCAUUAUUGGCAGCGUCGUCUUUGCCAAGUUCAUCGGCAUCACAAAGAUCGUCCCCAUUUUCCUGGCGUUCGCAGCGCUGGCCUGCGGAGGUCUGUUGGCCACUAAACUACCCGACACGCGGGAGAAGAUCCUGGAGUGAAAACAGACAAACAUCUACGGCAUCAAGGGUUGUAAAAUUCCUGUAACUUUCCACAGGUUUUCAAAACAUCUUUGGUUGGAGGACUUCCUGCUUAAACGUGGGGAUUUGGGGAAAGUUAGUGGAAUUUUGCAAACCUUUACAACGUCACGGCCAAAUAAAGCUGUCUGUACAUAUAGGGUGGUCCAGUUGGGAGACUUCCACAUGUGAUGUGAGCUGUGUGUGUGACAGAAUAAGGGGAUGGGCUUUCUGUUCCCAUGGGGAUGUAAAGAACGAAUGGUACCCUCAUCAAGACUUGUCACCAUUUUACAUUGUUUGAAAUUGUGUUUCUCUUCUGUGCACCUUAAAAUACCACCCCCCCAUUAGUGCAGGACAAGUCACUCUGUAUUUGGUAUGUUUUAAAAUGUGUUUUAAAUUAUUUUAAAUGAAAAUGAAAGAAUAGGAGAGAUGAGAAAUAUAUCUACUUGGAAGACGACAGCCAGUUGAACCAUGUUGUGCUUUUGAUUUGAAACCAACAGUUCAGGAAAGGUAUUGGGUUGACAUUCGGGUUGGAAUUCAACGACGGCUAAGGUUUCAACGGAACGCUAUUGUACGAUUCAGAACCAAUUUCCCAGUGUCCUUGUUCCAUUCCAUUUUGUGAUAAGAGCUUUCAUCCAGGGCAGCCAGGUGUUUGAAUUGUCCCAUUUCCUCUUUGCCCUUAACUUCCCAGCUGGUCAUGAAUGUGGUCCAGAAUCCCCUCUGUUCUAUUCCACAUCCCCCCCCAAUCUCCAAGGACUCUAUUUAUAUAUAUUCAUCCCUUUGUAUCGCUCAGCAUCUUCAUCUGCUGUUGUAUCUAUUAACCAGGACGACAACCUMAUCUGCUGUACAGUGGAUGCAUCUGUUGACGUACCAAUAUGUUUGUUGUAUUGUUUGUGCUCAGUCUCUCGUUUUCCAGUAGAGCUGUGUUCUAGAUAUUGAUUCUGUUAAAUCCUGUCUAGUCUGUGUUCAGUCUCUACUUUUCCAGAAGAACGAUAUUGAUUCUGUUAAAUCCUGUCUAGUCUGUGUUCAGUCUCUCCUUUUCCAGUAGAACGAUAUUGAUUCUGUUAAAUCCUGUCUAGUCUGUGUUCAGUCUCUCCUUUUCCAGUAGCACGAUAUUGAUUC